UACGAAAUAUCAUGCCUUUGGAUUCAUAGGAUGGAUUUCAUUUUAUUGAAAAGAAAUGAAGAACAGUUUCUGCCAUCAAUCUUCUGGCUGCUAUGAAGGAAUUUUGACAAAGUAAUGCUGAAAGUACACAGUUUUGGAAGAAUUUCUUGUGUGAAAUCUUUCAAAUUUCUGUUGGGAAGUUUCCUUUGCCAACCAUCAGAAUCAUCAUCUCACGUCUGUUGAUGGUAAGAUGGAAUCUCUCUCAACCACCGUAACUUACAGUGGAAUGGCAGGGGCAAGGCUACCAGGGGAACUAUUUGCGAAUCUCGGCUAUAACAAUACAACAUCAUCUACGAUAGGAACAGGACUGGUUCCAAGUCCUGAAUGGGACCCAACAAACUCAGGAGGGGGCAGGGAUACCGAUGCGACGACGGAUCCAGCUUUUGGUAUAGCCUUGGCCUGUUUAACAAUCCCUGUCGUACUUGUCGGAAGUCUGGCUAAUAUAAUGGUGCUUUAUGUUGUUCUAAGGUUUAAAAAGAUGCACAAUGUAAUCAACUACUCAUUUGCCAACCUUGCUUUAGCUGAUCUUCUUGGCCUUCUUAUUGAUGCUGUUCCAGCCAUUGUUUUGACAUUAAAAAGUUAUUCACUGAGUGAUCCAGGCUGCAGGAUGUUACUCUAUCUACCAUGGACGAUACGACAAGCCGCGUGUUUGACACUCGCCUACUUAGCCUUUGAUCGAUAUCGCCUCAUCAUUCAUCCAACAUCAUCAGUGCGAUCGCGAUCACCGCCAUUUGUACUAACGGUCUUGGCUGUUUUAUGGAUAGUCUCGAGCAUCGUUCAGCUUCCUACCGCCAUCUUAACCGGUCUUAAUAAAGAUGGGAGAUGUCGCGAAUAUCUUCCCGUUCGGGGCGGAGUAUGGUACUACUGGUUCAAGAUUCUCACUAUCUAUGUCAUCCCACUAGCUGUCAUUACAAUUUCUUACUUCAAGAUAUGGCGUCGCCUAAGCAUACCCCGCGGUGCAGGACAUUCCAGGGGUAGCAUUAAGAUGCGUACCUUCCGGAAGCGGAGCGCUCGUCGUAUCCUGGUCAUCGUCUUUUUCUUCGCGAUCACGUGGGUUCCUAUCCUGGUUGUUCACAUAUGGCCUCAUUAUGAUCCGAACAUCACCGAGGAUGCGCCACGGUACGGCUAUGUGCACCGUUUGACGAACUUUGUGCUGUAUGUGAGCAUGAUGCUGAAUCCUUUCCUCUACGCGUUUGCAGGAGAAGGAUUCAAGAAGCAUUUCAGGACGUUUGCAGGACGCGCAGUGGCAUCAUCGGUCGAUCUUGAGCGAGAGCGCACACCUGAUAUCAAAGGAAUAAUGCAGGAUUCGACACUUAGGAGAGAGAAAUAAAAUCAAAUGAAUGUCGAAAACCUGUAACAAUGCCUCUCGAGUAAAGAUGUUUGUGUUUUGACUAUGUCAAAAUUGACUUACUUCGCAAGAGAUUUUGAACCGACGAGUAAACAGUGCUCGUAAGUUCACCGAUAAACAAAAGAAUGCAUACUUGUCAGGGGAAUAGGAAUGAAAUAUUAGAAACCUAUCUGUGGUACUGGAAGCCUUCUUCACUCACCCCUGCAUUUUAUUCUUGUUUGGUUUAGAAUGAAGUUUGAGAAUUCAUGAAGGUAAUAAGGGAUUAGGACUUACCUUUAUUUCUUUCAUUUUAUAUGAUGUUGGAAUAGUUGUUGUUGAAGAAAAAGACGAUAAUUAUGAUGGUUGGUAUUUAUGAUUAUAAGCAUGUUU